AUGGUCCUCCCCCUCCUAUCCCUCGCCUCCCUAGCCACCUCCAACUCUCUCCCUAUCACGGGCGCAGACUUUGACCUGAACGACCUCGUCUCCCGCGCGGCCACCAACAUCUACCUAGCGGGCGACAGCACCAUGUCCUCCUACAGUAGCGGCGCCAUCCAAGGCUGGGGGCAAUACGUGCAAUACUCCUUUCCUUCCUCGACCUACAAGGUCCAAAACAAAGCCAUUGGCGGCCGCUCCGCCCGAAGCUUCACACGCGAGUCGCGGUUCCAAGCCAUCGCCGACUCCGUCGUCCCAGGGGACUGGGUUAUCAUAGAGUUCGGACACAAUGACGGCGGCAGCUUGGGAUCGGGUACCGACAACGGGCGGACUGACUGUUUUGGCGACGGGGAGCAGACGUGCGCAACUACGUACGACAACGUGGCGGAGACUGUGCAUACGUUUCCGUGGUACUUGAAGGCGGCGGCGAAGUUGUAUCUAGCCAAGGGGGCGAAAGUGGUGUUGAGCACGGCGACGCCUAAUAAUGUUUGGGAGAGUGGGAGGUGGAGUUGGGGGCCGGAUCGGUUUUAUUACUAUAAUUGGCAUCUAGGCGGCCCUGAGGCAGGCGUCUACUUUGUCCCUCACGGCGAAUACGCUGCGCAGGCUAUGAAUAAUCUGGGUGCCUCUGUCGUCAACGCCAACUACCCCAACGACCACACACACACAGCCCCGUACCUCGCGGAUAUCAUGGCUGGGUCGUUUGUACUCGGCUUGAAGUGUGGGACGAGUGACCUGGGUGCUGCAGUGCUCAACUCAACUAGUUCGUUGACGAGCACAGUUCUGGGGCCAUGUAUUUCGCACAACAAUACUUUGAAUGCCUUGGGGAGGCGAGAAGCUUGGGGUUGGGGUGAGGUAGUGUCAUGA